GGAAAGGUAGUACACUGUUACCACGUGACACUCGGGCUCCUGUGGUUGGUCCAGCCUCCGCUCGGGAGCUGUGAUUGGCUGGAUCUAAUACGAACGACGCCACUAGGGGCGGGCCGCAGAGGGGCGCAGGCGCAUUGCGUUGCGAGUCUCGGGACCCCUCUCGAAGAGACUAUGGCGCUCAACAAGAACCACUCGGAGGGCGGCGGAGUGAUCGUCAACAACACUGAGAGCAUCCUAAUGUCCUAUGAUCAUGUGGAACUUACAUUUAAUGACAUGAAGAAUGUUCCAGAGGCCUUCAAAGGGACCAAGAAGGGCACUGUUUACCUUACCCCUUACCGGGUCAUCUUUCUGUCCAAGGGGAAGGAUGCCAUGCAGUCCUUCAUGAUGCCAUUUUAUCUCAUGAAGGACUGUGAGAUCAAACAGCCUGUGUUUGGUGCAAACUACAUCAAGGGGAUGGUGAAGGCUGAAGCAGGAGGUGGCUGGGAAGGCUCYGCUUCAUACAAGUUGACCUUCACAGCAGGGGGCGCCAUCGAGUUUGGUCAGCGCAUGCUCCAAGUGGCAUCUCAAGCCUCCAGAGGUGAAGCCCCCAAUGGAGCCUAUGGGUACCCUUACAUGCCCAGCGGGGCCUAUGUCUUUCCCCCGCCAGUCGCCAAUGGAAUGUAUCCCUGCCCUCCUGGCUACCCCUAUCCACCGCCCCCACCUGAGUUCUAUCCAGGAGCUCCUGUAAUGGAUGGGGCCAUGGGAUAUGUGCAGCCCCCACCACCACCCUAUCCUGGACCCAUGGAGCCUCCAGUCAGUGGCCCUGAUGUCCCCUCCACUCCUGCAGCUGAGGCCAAGGCCGCAGAAGCAGCUGCCAGCGCCUAUUACAACCCAGGCAACCCACACAACGUCUACAUGCCCACGAGCCAGCCUCCACCACCUCCCUACUACCCUCCAGAAGAUAAGAAGACCCAGUAGACCCCGCCUACUUCCCUGUCCCCACCUCAUGGGCCUCCCCUACCCCUCCUUGUGGGACUGCAUCUGGCUGGGGGAGGCCAGGGAGGACCUUAUUCUUCCCCAGGUCUGAUGAUAAAGAGUUCCCAGGAACUAGUGUUGCAGGAAGGCAGGGCUCUGGCCUCUGGAGAGGUGUCCCCCCAGCUUCCCACACUAGCUCAGCCCACAGCGCCCCUCUUACCAUUUCUGGGGCUGUCCUUGGGAGCACGGGGUGUUCCCCUUGUUCCUGUUUCACUCUAGUAGUUCCUUCCCACAGAGGGACUCUCUGGCCACCUCCUCUGUUGCAGUCCAGCCCCUUGGUCUGGUAGCCAUUCUGCACUCAGCCUUGUGAGCCCCCCCAGACCAGCCACAUGUCUUCCCUGUGGGCCAAAAAGGCCCUACCAGUCCCAACUCACAUUCCUUCCCSUGUCUGUGCUUAGCUCUGGAAGGCCACUGCCCCACCUGACCAUCAGUGCACAUUCCAUUCAGCCAGGCCUGCCUUCCCUGUCCGUGGUCAUUCURUUGCCACUUCUGAUUGCAGGAGCUUUACAACAAGCCUCCAGGGUUUAGUGGCUUCCGGGGAAGCCCACUGCGGCUGGGGAUGAGGCUCCUCUGUUCUCUUGCUAGUGUUUCUGGAAUUUGUUUUCCCUCUAGUCUCUUCCCUCUACGAGGGGCUUCUCAACUGGAGCCGAAGAGUGCAUGUCCAUCCCAUCAUGCCAUUUGGGGGCUGCGGGGUGGGCUCAGAACAAAGGGCCCCCAACCCUACAUGCUGAUCAUAGCCUGCUGCCGGCCCCUCCCUUUAAGCAUCAUGCCCCCUGGAUGCACGGAGAUUUGCUCAUUUGUUCCUGGACCAGACACCAAGGGAGGAGAGAUGGUUAUUUAAAGAGAAUUCCCUAUUUAUUUGACAAAAAAAAAAAAAAAA